GGUGGGUAGCUCUCCGCGCUUCAGUAGGUGGUCUGCUAUGUCCUAGGGUUGGGCGGGUUCAGUCAACGCUACGUCGAGAAAGCGCUGAACAAACACCGACGAAGGAAUAUGGUCGAACGUCGUGCUAUCAUCGGCUUCUUUCUUCCUGCACUUCUGGCACAGGGAUACGCAGCUGCCACGGGGAGUGAGUGCGACAUCCGCUAUUUGGACCGGUGUUCAGCCGACCUGUUCUUGUUCGCCAGCAGGAACACAAUCCCAACAAACGAAGACGAUGCGGCAAAGUUUUGCAAAGUUCAGCUGGAUGCGGAGGCCUGUAGCCGCGCCUGCGUCGAGAAGUGCGAGCCCCGUGUUCAAGGUUGGAGCGACAUCUUCCUGGACCUAAUCAAGGAGGAGAUCAAAAAGCGCUGCUCAACAUCAUACAGGUACCAUAAUGAGUCCAUCAAAUACGCGCCCUGCCUGAAUAGCGUGGGUUCCUCUUUACACGCGUGCAUGAAGGACACUGUCGCCAACCUGGACAUUGCCUCGCGGUUGCCAUCGGAACAACGGGUCGAGGGCGCUUGCUGUCAUUACAACAAGCUGCAUGGGUGCUGGCGCAAGGCGGCCGAGUCCGGCUGCCCGAAGGAAGCGGUCGAGUUCUUGCAGAACGUGCUGCAGCUCUACGACGGCUAUCUGCUGGGCGACGUCUGCAGAUUGUACAAAUGCGACGCCAUCCAGUACGACGAUAAGCCGGGCAACGCCAGCCUGCGCUCCCUACUCACACCACUUCUUAAAGUUUUCGCCGCUUUAUAUGUAUAAUAAAGGGUACCUAAAUCAU